AUGCUGCUGACUCGCUCCUCCACCCUCUCGGGACACAUUAAGCUCUGGUUCCUGACCUUAGCUGUGCUUGUGGUCCUGGCUCAAACUUCCCCAGAAGGAUGGUUCAGAACGUGCUUUUACGGCAUGGGAAAAUGCAGGCACGUAUGCAGGGCCAAUGAGAAGAAGAAAGAGAGGUGUGGAGAGAACUCUUUUUGCUGUCUCGGAGAAACAAAAUCAAAACUGUCCAACAUCCCAACGACCAAAGGACGGAAAAAAGAUGCUACUUCCCGGUUCCGUGAUGAAAUGCCCCUAAUAAAAGCUACACAAGAAGGGAAAAGUUUGAUGUAA